AUGACGAUGAUAGGCGUGGGAGAGAAAACGCUUGUCUCGCCGCUAUCCCCGUCUGAUUUGAAUAUCUUCUUUUCAGCUGUUUGCGAAAAUAAGGCGACCGGAUUCUUCGUGGUCGACAAUACGAUUCUUGGCACCACCGACUCAAUUGUUUACAAGGACACACCAGAAGAAGACUGCCUUACUACAUGCUCCACAAACAGGGAUCGUUUCGGCCGUUCAAUACUGUGCGCGUCGUUUGUGUACGACCAUGCCUCGUUUACUUGCACGAUAUUCAAAGAAAAGGCGAAACCGGAAGGAAAAGCCGACGUUGUGCAAGCCGUCGGAAAACGCUACUUCGAAAAAGUCUGCUUAGGAGACGAUGUUCCAAUGGACUGCGCAGAUUCGCAGUUCAUUAGGGCCGAUGAUUCUGUCUUGAUCGGUUUCGCCCGCAACGUGACACUUGUAGAAACAAUGGAGCAAUGUGUAGAGCAGUGUGUUAAGGAGAACGAUUGCAAGUCAGCCAUGUAUUUCUAUGAAGAGGGAGAGUGCAUAACCAACACGGAGUCAGCGUUGUCAAAGCCAAGCGCAUUCGCUAAGGAAGAGAACGAAAAGGUCGUCUAUUUCCAGAACGGAUGUCUUGCCAAGCUUCAGACCCAGGAAAGUGCUACCGUUGCUGCUGAGCCGACGACAACGUCGGAGUCCAGUGAGACGACAGAGGAGAUGGAAACAGAUUCACCUUCAGUCUCAACCACAGAAGCUUCCGACAAUCUAGAUGAUAAUGACGAGGCCGACACGGCUCAGAAGAAGAAAGGAAAAUCACAACCCGCUGUUUCCACUGAGGAGCCUUCUGAUUCGGUGGAAAUGAGCGACGAUCAUGGAGCUUCCACAGCUGACCGACCCUCACCCAGCACCUCUGGAAACGGCGGCGAUGACGACGAUACUGAGGACACCACCUCAGCUGAAACAGCCGAAACCACUCCAACGGCCGCUGAAGUUACUGCUGCUGGAAUGGAACCUGAACUAAAGGAGGAGGACGAUGAUGAAGAUUAUGUAGCAGAUGAAGAGAACGAAGAUCUCGACACAGCCACGACUGCAAAGCGACUGGAGAAGAAGGGAGAAAAGGCCAGCUACAUCAAGUACAAAAAACAUCCCAAGAACUUCGCAUCAAAAACUGCCAAAAUGUCAAAGAAAGAACCAGAAGCGGAGACUGAAACAACACCUGCAGAGAACACCGAAGAAAAGGCGGUAGCAGGUAGCUCAAGCGCCGAAGAAGAGGAGACUGGCGACUCUCUAGCUGGUGACGAAGAUGGAGAGCCAAUUGAAGGGCAAACGUCACCCAGUGAGGGCAAGAAACAUCUGUCCAUUAAGAGAGUGCUCGAAAAUACGCCAAAGGAGGAUGGUGAAGACUACCCAACCUACUUCUCUGACUGGUCCGACUGGACUCCGUGCACGAAGGCUGGCGAACGACAGAUUCGUCGGCGAAAGUGUCUAGAUUUACGCCGUUGCCUCGGCGCUUUGAUGCAAGUCCGCAACUGUCCGGCGGUAUUGCCUGAACCAGUCCAAUCCGGUCCUAUCGAGUCUGUGCGUUCAGUGAUCGAUGUGCCUCGAAUUCCAGAAUAUGACGACACAGAUCCCGGCCAAGUCGAUCUUCGCCAGCCAUCUGGUUCACAGGUCGCAGAAAAUGUAUGGAGUCCAUGGCUGGGAGUGUGCCAGCAUUUCGCGUCCGGUCAGCCAUGCAACAAUGGAGAGAUGAUUGGCUUUGAGUCACGUGAAUGUAUCGCCAAGGAGCCAAGUCUCUGCGAAGGACCAUUCUUCAGAUACUGUACACUGCCAUGUUAA